UCUCCCACAGGAUCAAAGUUUAAACUAUCUAACUAUUUUGGAAUAGAUACAAUAUACGGUCACAUGAUAUGGGAUCAUGAUGCUCCUUCUGAUGAUAAUUGCAAUACAAAGGAAUAUGAUGUUUUAUAUGAAGGCCCUGCUAAUUUAGUAAUUUCUAAAAAACUUAAUGAUAUUGAAGAAACUCACACUUACAUAGUACAGACAGAUAAAAUUGCCUUUGUUCUAAAAAAAACAGGUUUAUCUUACAUUUGCUCGAUAGAGGUAGUUGCAACAGAACACAAUCGCUUACUUUUACUAUUAGAUCCAUUAUACAUGUCUAAUUUCAAAACACGUCCAAUUUCUGUAUUCAAUACUGACCUUGUAGCAUACAUGAAUACCAAAUUCGUUUACAUAGAGAAUUUCCUUAGUUCAACAGUAACAGCCAUGUAUACAGAUCUCGUAAUGAAACAAUGUCAUUUAGAGAGACAAAUAUUAAAACAAAAAUUAGCAAUAGCAUCCUACAGCUUAUCAGAAUUCGCUUAUAGCAUGACAGAUUCACCUGGCUUUGCCAGCCUUAAAAGUGGAGAAAUAAUUUAUCUUUUAAAAUGUAAACCUGUGAAAGAAAUACAACCACCCCAAACUCUAAUGCCUGAAAUAGAAUUUACCUGGCAAUACAAAAGUCCUGAAUUCCUUAUGAAUGCAGGACUAUAUUCUAAAGAAAACAUGAAUUUGUUCCAACGCCAAUUAUUAUUCCCACAAGAAAUAAAUGCCGCACAGUCUAAUAUGGCACGUGAGACUUUAGGUUACACAAUUCUUGAUCAAGGUCUUAGAUUCAAAACUCUAAUAGAUGAAAUGACUAUAAACAAAUUAGUCGAAAAUAAAUUAGAAAAAAUAUAUGCACCUAUGGCAGAUGAACAAGAAAAUAUUAAUACCAUAGAAUUUCAUACAAAUAGUAGCCCAUAUAACAUGUCUUACUCAAAACAUAAUUCCAUUUAUCCAUUACUGCAACAAAACGCACAACACAAUAGAAAUCCAUCAUUAUAA